UUGCAUGGAAGGCGUGUAUCCCCCAGUUUGUUUGGAUAAGCGCGGUGCAUUAUUGCGCAAAAGCUCUUCUGUGCAAAAAGGAACCGAGAGUCCACUAAGCUGUCGCGGAUGUCCGCCCACUUCUUGCUUUGCAUGUGCUUUAGAUACAGAGCCAAAGAGCGGCACACACAGCCGGCAGCUGUCGUCAGCUGGGUCGACUGAUCACGACAGACUCCAGCCCGUCCCCACCCAUGCGUCCGCCUCCACGCCUGCCAGUCCUGUCACCGGGCGGGGCCCGCAAAGGGCACAGUCGCAAGGGCAGCGGCUUCUUCCACCGUCUAAAGGUGUCGUCAGCAAGCAGCUCCAAGUUUCCUGGCGACGGCACUCAGUCGCCGUCAUCGCCGUCGUCGCCGCGGCCUGGCAAUGCCACCGAGAUGUCAGGCAGCGGCCCAGAGACAGCCGAGUCGUGCGAGCUUGAUGUGGAGGUGUGCCGGCGGCUGCUGAGGAGGUAUAUCGAGUGCCCUAUCUGCUUUCUGUACUACCCGCAGAAUAUCAACUAUACCCGGUGCUGCCACAAGCCGGUGUGCACCGAAUGCUUCGUGCAGAUAAAGCGCAAGCUUCGAGGAAGGGACCAUCUCAUCCACGCACUGCCCGUACUGCGUCGAGCCCAAUUUCGGAAUAGUAUACUAUCCGCCGUCCAUCACCACUGGUGCUGCUCGCACCAACUACAUGAAGCACCGCCCGCAGCUCAGCUCUCAGCUCUCCCAGAGCUCGUCCAUAUCUAUUGCCAGCAAUGCGUCGCGGCCCAAGAUGCUGGAUAACCGGUCCAGAAGCCAGUCGCUGACGACAAGAGAGCCAAUAAUCGUUAUGAGCGACGACAUUAGGCCGGGACUGAUGCGCCAGCUGCAGGCAGAGCAGGAAAGGCACAAGCGCGAGCAGGAGAGGCUGUCGCAAAACAUGGCAGCAAUUGCUGCGUCGGCGCAGAGGCGCAGCGCACGGAGCAAUCGCGAUGGUGUGUUUAGAACCAGGAGGGCUGCUGGCGGAGGUAGCAACAGCCACCGGAUGAGAGCAUCUGAGUACUCAACGUAUGUCACUGCAAUGCGGGCUGCUGGCCAGUCAAAUUUGGAAGAGUUCUUGAUCCAGGAGGCUAUUCGCAUGAGCCUAGCCGAAACGCAAAACGAGGGUGGAUGGUGAAGGAGGGCCGGUGGGUGCGCAGCAGCAGCAGCAGCAACAGGAAGAUGAACCAAUUCAGAAUGAAGGAGACAAGCGGCGGACAACGGUAUCGACAGCAGCAACGACAAC